AUGACUUCUUAGUACUCCAUCUCUCUGACCUUAUUCGAAUGGCAUUCAUGGCUGCGACUGAUCACAGCAACCAGUUACGAAUGGCGGGUCUUCAAGCUCUUGAAGACAUUAUCAAGAAAUUUGCAUCAGUUCCUGAGCCAGAGUUUCCAGGCCAUGUGAUACUGGAGCAGUAUCAGGCUAAUGUUGGAGCAGCUCUGAGGCCAGCUUUUUCCCAAGAUACACCGUCUGAUAUAACUGCAAAGGCCUGUCAGGUAUGUAGCGCUUGGAUAGGAAGCGGGGUUGUAAGUGACCUGAAUGAUCUCCGCCGCGUUCACAACCUUCUUGUCUCUUCCCUGGAUAAAGUGCAAGCAGGAAAGGGAUCUUCUAGCCAGCUUUACCGAGAGAGUGCGACUACUAUGGAAAAGCUUGCAGUGCUGAAAGCAUGGGCUGAGGUGUAUGUUGUUGCCAUGAAAAUUAAGAAGGAAGCAGAGACCAAACCGAAGCGUGUUUUGAAGAGCACAGAGGAGGAUGAGGAUGAUUUUGGUACUGUAGAUGAGUUGCCACCAGACAGUUUGAUAACACUUGUACAACCUGAACUGCCUGCCCUUAGCCGUCUCUGGUUAGCUGCACUGAAAGAUUAUGCUCUCUUAACUUUACCAGCUGAAUUUGCUACCCAGCUUCCACCAGAUG